UAGAUCAAAUUCAAGAAUUUUUUAAGGGAAUCUACUGAUUAUUUGAUAAAAAAUAAUAGUGGUCCAGAAAAACUUAAGGAAGAGGAAAAAUAUAUGAACAAAAGACUAACCUAGUUGAAGGACUUACGGCACAUUAAUGAUUGUAUUCCUCCAGCUCCUCCACUUUUCCAAGUUCUACCAACGCUUCUAAAAGCGGACAAUAAUAUUAAAAACAAAGGUAAAGUUUAUAGACCAGCUCUACCAAUGAAUCUUUUGGAUGAAAUCAAACGCGGUGUUAUAUUGAAGAACUUGGAAUUGAUUAAAACAUGCCAGAAUAAAUUGAUAGGUUUGUUUGAUAAAUAUGAUAAUGAAGGUAUGGACUUAAAAAUGUUUAAAGACCUAUUGAGUUAUUUUAAAAUGGUACACAAUUUGAAUGAUAGUAAAAUUGAAACAUUAUUCAUUGAUGAAGUUAAAAAUACAUUCAGAAACAUAUACGCGAAACAUUAUAACAAAGUAAUUAAACAUUUAAAAAAACAUGAAAUCGCACCGGAAGCACUUGUUCGAUUAGAAGCUGCGGGAUUUAGAAUUGAUUGGAAUACGGCUGAUGACUCAUUACAUCUAAAAAAAGUAUGACACAUUCAAAACGUCUAACCUCCGUUUGUGCCGUUCGUGGCACAUUAUAGAAGGUCUGAAGGCCCUGUUUCGCACUCACUUAUUUACUAAUCCUUCUUUAGCAAAGUAACUAUCAGUAAUUAUUUCCUAUAAACUUUAUUGUAUUAUUUUAUCUGUCUGAACUACCUUAACUCAAUUUUAUAAGUUUUAAAAAAAUCCACCUACUUCUUGUUAAAAUAAUUAAUACUUUUGAACUAAAAAAAAUACGCUAUUAUAUAAAUAAUUGACGUAUACAUUUUUUUUAUUAACAUAUUUCUUCUUCUUCCUCGCCUUAAUCCCAACUACUUGGGGUCGGCCACCCUUAUCCUAAACUUCCACUUGACACAAUCUCCCACAUUCUCUACGCUCACAUCAUCUAUCCUCAUAUCGCAUUCAAUAACAUCUCUCUAUCUCUUUUUGGUCUUCCUCUACCUCUUCUUCCUUCAACAUUCAUUUCUAUAACUGUUCUUACUAGCGAUGGGAAAUAUCGAAUAGAAACUAUCGAACUAUUCGAUAGUUGUCCACUAUUCGAACUAUUCGAUAGUCAUUUAAAAAAUAUUCGAAUAGUAAAAAUAUUCGAUAGUUACACAAUAUAUUCGAAUAGUUUUUAAA